CCUAGCUAGGAGAUAUAUCUUUAUUAUUACCCUUCACCUUAUUUCAUAUCGUUCAGAUCUCUUCAUGGCGAGGAAAAAGACUCUUGAAUUGCAGCUCAAUAUUCGAGGAAAUGCAGAAAUGCCAAUUAGUGAUGAAAAGUUCCUCUCAAGGCUUUCCUUCGAGAAGAUGAUCAGUUCCCACUCCAAGCUGGCUGAACCAUCAUUCAGAGUCCUCUACUAUGGAGGAUCUUCUGGUUCAGUCCCGUUCACGUGGGAGUCCCAGCCAGGUACCCCUAAAUACCCAGUAUUAACUUCUGGUCCUCAUUCUUCCCGUCUUACUCCUCUCACUCCUCCACCUUCCUACCGAUUCACUUCCAGUCCUAAAACCAACGCGGUUCCGAAAAAAGGUCCCAAACAAAAUCUUCUAUUCGCCAUUUUCCCUAAGCUAUUACCGUCAAGGAAAAACCAUGUGCCACCACCGCCGUUGUCAUCUUCUUCUGUAUCGUCAUCAUGUUCGUCGGGCUCGUAUUCUUCAGCUUCAACUCUGAAGAAUCCGCGGAGCUGGUUUUUGUUCCCCCGAAGAUCAAACGUCUGUUUUAGGGUAGAUGAAGAGGAUCACGAUAUUGAGCUGCGACGAAGCAGUACCGGAUCUCCUGCCUCAACUUUGUGGUUUGGUGCAAGCUAGGCACGACUAGUGUGAUUCAUCUGCUGCAUUUUAGUUUCUGGUUUAGUAGUUGAAAAAAUUAUAACAUUUUGUGCUGGCUCUGGGUGCCAGAACCAAGAAUUUGGUUGUAAUAAAUUGGAUGCUAGCUGCGGGAACGCAAUUCUCGGUUUCUGGUGUAUUACUCGUCACUACAAAGGGGAUCUCAGGACCCAGUAGGCUGUAGCGCCCCAAGCGUGCUGCACGGUGUAGCGCUUCAUCCAGAUCGUCCGUCUUGGCAAUUAAUAGUCUAGAUUUUAAAAAAAUCUUCCGGGAAAGAGUUAAUACUUAUGGAUUGUGAAAUUGAGCGUUGCACGGUGCAACGCUUUUGAGGCGCUGGCCUCGCUGCACCAUCCGCCUUCCUAGUCUUUGUGUUCUUUUUGUCCAGAGAGACUCAAAUAAUUUUACAUUUGCAACUAGUCUUAAUUUGUUGGAAA